AUGAGCGCCCCCACUCUCCUACGCCAUCUUGCAGCAGCAGCACCACCACGAUCAUUCUCUGCAGCCUCUCAGUUCCUCAAGGCAGCUUCAUCUCCGGCACGGCAGACUGCACGCUUCAACAUGUCUACCACGACAGGUGCGCGGCAACAGGCCCGGUUCAGCCAGGGCUCGGAUGAAACGUCACUAUCUUCGACGCUAGAGACGCUUCUAAGUCAGGGUCGGUGGGCGCUCGUCAACGACGGCGAGGCCGUGGAACGUAGCUUCAAGUUUAAGAACUUUGCAAAGACUUGGGACUUUAUGACGGCAGUAAGCCUGCAGUGCAAAACGCACAACCACCACCCUGAGUGGUCUAACGUCUACAACACAACCUUUAUCCGUUGGACGACUCACAACCCCAAAGGUUUGUCAGGCAAGGACCUCAAGCUCGCCAUGAUCUGCGAUGCGCUCGCAAAAGACUUUGGCGAGGUCGAGGCACCGCCGUCGCAGUCACAGCCGGCACCCGAAGAGCCCGCUAGCUGCGGUAUCCGAGGCUUGGCCGAUAGAGCAGCUGGCACAGCAGGAGACUGUUGCACGCCGAAGCCCAAGAACUGA